GCGCACAGGAUGCAACGCGCCAAAAAACAGAAGAAGAAGAAGAACAACACCAUAAACACGUGGUUCCAGUAACUGAAAGCUGCUUAAUAUAAACGUUGUUAUAUUCUGUUUGUUUGCUUGUUGGUCUUCUUGAUCAGUUAUGCAGCUUUGUGGAGUUUGUAGCGAACAUGUUCCUAAAUACAGAUGUCCAGCCUGCAGAAUCAGAUAUUGUUCAGUGAGUUGCUUUAAAAGACACAGAGAUGAUGACUCAUGUCAUCCAGUUAAAGAAUCAGAUCCAGCCUCCAGCAGCUCGACACCAGUGAACAGCGUGGAACAGCCGUGGACUGUCAAGGAUCUUCUUGAUGAAGACAGUCAGACUGACAAAGUGCCAUUACAGAAACUUCAGCAGCUGGGUGGUUCAGAGGCGUUGAAGGGUCUGUUGAGGAAUCCUCAUCUCCGGCGGUUAAUGAUGUCUGUGGACUCGGCUGAAGAUAAAGCCAAAGCCAUGAAAGACGCCAUGCAGGAGCCGCUGUUUGUGGAGUUUGCUGAUCAGUGCUUAAAAAUUAUUGAACCGACAGAAACGGAGAAUGACGAUGAUGAAUUCUGAUUGGAUGGAACUGUCACAUAUGGACCGAUUCCUAACACAAAUGCAUAAAAUUUGUACAAAAAUGAUGUAAUAAUGUAAAAUUUGUAUUACACCAAUGUCUUUUGAAUGCGAACAAUGUAAUGCAAUGCAAAAAUUAAAAUUUGCUGACAAUGUGCUCACCCUCAGGCCAAUCCAAGAUGUAGGUG